AUGGCGCAUCCAAUGUCCCUCCGAGACCGACAGGUCGCUUCGAUUCAAAAACUCCUGAACCUGAACCAUGAUCCCCGCCCUGUGGAGGACUCCCAUGAUCCCUCUAGCCAUGGCGGCCUCAUCUCCCACUCCACCCCGAUCUUGAAUGAGGAUGGCGAUCCGAUCUGGAAGGUCCUGGUAUUCGAUGCCAUGGGCCGUGACGUUAUCAGCAGUGUUCUCCGAGUCAAUGAUCUCCGAGCGUGGGGUAUUACUAUUCACCUGAGCAUCAAUUCUCAAAGAUAUCCCAUUCCCGACGUCCCAGUCGUGUACCUGGUCGAGCCAAAUGAGACGAAUAUUCAAGCGAUUGCCCGCGAUCUUUCCCAGGGCCUUUAUUCCCCCGCCUAUGUCAACUUCCUAUCCUCUGUUCCCCGACCCCUCCUCGAGGACUUUGCUUCGCAAAUAGCCACAUCUGGUGCCUCAGAGCAUGUCGCUCAAGUCUUCGAUCAGUAUCUCAACUUCAUUGUCGCCGAGCCUGAUCUUUUUUCCUUGGGUAUGGGCAACGACGCAUACUACAAGAUCAACAGCCCGAAGACGACAGAUGAAGAUCUGGAUGCCAUUGUGGAUAAGGUGGUCAGCGGCCUCUUUAGCGUCAGCGUGACCAUGGGUUCCAUUCCUAUCAUUCGAUGCCCCAAGGGUGGUGCCGCUGAGCUCAUCGCAACGAAGCUUGAUCGGAAAUUGCGUGAUCACAUCCUCAACUCCAAGGAUAAUCUCUUCUCCGGCAAUCAAAGGGCUCUACCGGGAGUACCCUCGACGCGCCCCGUGUUGAUUAUUAUGGACCGAAACGUUGAUUUGGUGCCCAUGCUCUCACACUCCUGGACAUACCAGUCUCUGGUGCAAGAUGUGCUACAGAUGCGGUUGAACCGGAUUACCUUGGAUGCCGACGAGCAGGACUCGGGCAAGAGCGGGAAGAAGUCGUAUGAUCUGAAUAGUAAUGAUUUCUUCUGGCAGCGGAAUGCCGGCGCACCAUUCCCUCAGGUCGCCGAAGACAUUGAUGCUGAGUUGACACGGUACAAGGAGGAUGCAAACGAUAUCACGAAAAAGACCGGUGCUUCUUCUAUUGAGGAUCUCCAGAAUGAUACCGGUGCCUCUGCGCAGCACCUUAAGGCGGCCAUUACGCUACUCCCAGAGCUGCGAGAGCGUAAGGCUGUUCUUGAUAUGCACAUGAACAUUGCCACUGCCUUGUUGAAGGGCAUCAAGGACCGACAGUUGGAUAACUUCUUUGAGCUGGAGGAGAACAUCACAAAACAGACCAAGGCACAGCUUUUGGAGGUGAUCAACGACCCAGCCAAGGGUAGCAACCCCACAGACAAGCUGCGCAUUUUCAUUAUCUGGUUCCUCAGUACCGAGACCGAGCUUAACCGCACAGAGAUGACACAAUUCGAAGAAGCUCUCACUCAGGCCGGUGUCACCGAUAUCACUCCUAUCGCCUACGUCCGGCAAGUACGCGAAAUCACCCGUAUGACCAUGAUGACAACCGCCGCUCCAGAGCAACAAUCCUCCGACAUCUUCCGCGGCUUCUCAUCACUCUCCAACCGCCUCACAGACCGCAUCACUUCCGGUGCACUGGGUGCCAACUUCGAUUCCCUCAUUUCCGGCGUGAAGAACUUCCUUCCCGCCAACAAAGAUCUCACCGUGACUAAGAUCACAGAGUCUAUCAUGGAUCCAGCCUCGGCAUCCAGCUCCGCUAUCACAAAGACAGAAAACUACCUCUACUUUGACCCACGCAGCGCCAACGCUCGUGGUGCCAUGCCCCCGGCCUCCGCCUCACGAAACCAGCAGAUGCCCGGUACAAUGGGUGCCUCCGGCCCCGGCACCGGUGCCACCUUUGGACAACGCCGCCAGGCUUUCAACGAAGCUAUUGUGUUCACUGUUGGCGGUGGCAGCAUGGAUGAAUAUGGUAAUUUGCAGGACUGGGUGAAGCGGACAAGUGGUCAGCCGGGUGCCGACGGUGCACCUGCCGGUACUCGUGCACCUGUUGCCCGUCGUAGGGUUGUCUAUGGAAGCACGGACUUGAUGAAUGCAAAUGAAUUCUUGUCGGACUCGCUGGCGCCAUUGGGCCAGGAGAGUUAA